AUGAGGAUACGCUACGGCGCUGGUGUAUAUGUCCUCGUUGCGCUCUCAAUCCUGACCGUCGGCAAUUGCCGGCAGGAUUGGAUAAAGCUCCUAUCCAAAGCCAAAGGUGAUGAUGACUCGGUUGGGAAGAGAUGGGCCGUCCUAUUGGCCGGAUCCUCUGGUUACGGGAACUACAGGCACCAGGCUGAUGUAUGCCAUGCAUAUCAAAUAUUGAAGAAGGGUGGCCUCAAGGAAGAAAAUAUCAUUGUUUUUAUGUAUGACGACAUUGCCUACAACCCGGACAACCCGAGGCCAGGUGUCAUCAUAAACAACCCGAGUGGUCACGAUGUGUACCACGGAGUUCCGAAGGAUUACGUUGGAGAUGAAGUGACAGCAAACAACUUUUACGCUGUUCUUCUUGGCAACAAAACUGCACUCACUGGAGGUAGUGGAAAGGUCGUGGACAGUUCUCCCAACGAUCGUAUCUUUGUCUAUUAUACCGAUCAUGGUGGUCCUGGAAUACUCGGGAUGCCCACCGGUCCUUAUAUAUACGCCGAUGAUCUAAACAAGGUCUUGAAGAAGAAGCAUGAUUCUGGAACAUACAAGAGCUUGGUUUUUUACGUGGAAGCUUGUGAAUCUGGGAGUAUAUUUGAAGGUCUUCUUGAACGAGAUUUGGAUAUAUACGUGACGACGGCAUCUAAUGCAUAUGAGAGUAGCUGGGGCACUUAUUGCCCUGGCCAGUACCCUGCUCCUCCCCCUGAAUACGAAACCUGCUUGGGUGAUCUCUAUAGUGUUGCUUGGAUGGAAGAUAGCGACGUACACAAUCUUCGGACUGAAACUUUGAAUCAGCAGUAUCAACUCGUCAAAAAGCGGACAGCAAAGGACAACUCUUACAUGGGUUCGCACGUCAUGCAAUAUGGUGAUCUGAAUUUGAGUGCGGAGAAUCUCUUCGUGUAUAUGGGCACAGAUCCUGCGAAUGACAAUUAUACAUAUGUGGAUGAUAAUUCUCUUCACCCAUCUUCUGAAGCUAUUAACCAGCGGGAUGCUGAUCUUUUACAUUUCUGGCAUAAGUUCAGGAAAGCUCCAGAAGGCUCUGACAGAAAAUCUGAAGCUCAAAAGCAGCUUGCAGAAGCCAUGGCUCACCGCGCACACAUCGAUGACAGCUUUAAGCUGAUUGGGAAACUUCUUUUUGGAAUCGACAAGGGUCCACAAAUGAUGAUAUCCGCACGACCUGCUGGCCACCCUCUUGUUGAUGACUGGAAUUGCCUUAAAUCUAUGGUUAGGACAUUUGAGACGCAGUGUGGGUCCUUAUCACAGUACGGAAUGAAACACAUGCGAUUGGUUGCCAACAUAUGUAACGCGGGCAUUACGAAAGAGCAAAUGGCCGAGGCAUCGGCUCAAGCCUGCGCUAACUUCCCUUCCAAUCCUUGGAGCUCCCUUUCUCGAGAGACACCUCUGGUCAUUGGAGCUCAAGGCGGUGAGCCAAGUCGAACCGCAAUAAUACCGACUCCAACUCAUGUGACCAUUGUCGAGGCUAUUAACCAAGCUGACCCAGAACCGACAAAAGAAGUUACUCCAGCAGAAACCGAGCUGGGAGUUCAAACCGGCACGGCGGAGUCUUUAGAAGAAGAAAAAGUAGGCUUGAUAGCCUCGAUUGCUGAGAAAAACGACCAAUUGAAGGUGGCCGAGACCGAGAUCAUUGGGUUGACCUCGGAAAACAAGCGCAUGAAAAGCGAGUUGAAAGAUUUGGUGGACCGACUUGCGAUUGCUGAGCAAACUGCCAAGGCUAAAGAUGAACAGCUGUUGAGGGAGCGCACCGAGCAUCUAGCAACUCGGCGCGAUCGCUCCGAAAAAGAAGCCAUUUUGAUCCGAGCUCGCAAAAGUCAUGAAAAGGACUUAGCUCGUCUUGAGGAAGAAAAUUUGAAUUUCAGAAAAUUGAAGUAUGAGGAAGGUGUGGAGGUUGGAAAAAAUCUGGGAAAAGGGGAUGAGCAAGAAGAUGACAAUGCCGCUGUGGACCUCGAGAUGAACACCUGUAUUAGUCUUAGGUGGUUUAUCGAAAAAGUCGAUGCCGCCUUGGAGUCUAUCGGGAAAGCCAUGUUGGAAAUAAUUGAGAACGAAGAUGAGGAGAUAGUGAAGAGGGCUGCUGAGGAAGGAAGUGAUGGCGCCGGGACGUCGACAGGCCCUUGA